AUGUCCAGCUUCGUCACCCCCGGCCAGCAGCGCUACCUGCGCGCCUGCAUGGUCUGCUCAAUCGUUAUGACAUACAGCCGCUUCCGCGACGAAGGAUGUCCCAACUGCGAAGAGUUCCUACACCUCAUCGGCUCGCAGGACCAGAUCGAGAGCUGCACGUCGCAGGUCUUCGAGGGCCUGAUAACGCUCGCCAACCCUUCCAAGUCAUGGGUGGCCAAGUGGCAGCGUCUGGAUAGCUACGUGCCCGGCGUGUACGCGAUCAAGGUUUCGGGCCAGCUGCCUGAUGAGAUUCGAUCAUCACUGGAGGAUGAGUAUAGGAUACAGUACAUCCCGUAUGUCUAUUCUAUCGCGAGAUACGGCGAUGCCUUUUACGUUGGGGUGGGGUGGGAAAGAGACAACAAGAUGGCUGACUUGAUGAUUUUUAGGAGAGAUGGCACGCAGACCGAAGCCGAUGCUUAA